UGUAGUUCCUUUUUUUUGUUGUAGUUUUAAUUCUCCUCCGCAGCGCUCUCUGACAGUUAAGCACACGGGUCCACCAAACCUUCAUUCAUUUACCUGAACUAUGGGGCCGACAGGUGAGGUGGUGUUUGGCAGCCCAGCGCCGGUCUGCGCUGAAAACCGGCUGCGUUGGGACCUGAGCCCGGAGCAGAUCCAGCAGCUCUCGGAUGAGCUCAUCGCCAACACCAAGACGGUGUAUGACCGCGUGGGAGCGCUGGAGCUGAGUAGUGUCUCGUUUGAGAACACGCUGAAGGCCCUCGCUGAUGUGGAGGUCGACUACACCGUCCAGAGGAACAUGCUGGACUUCCCCCAGCACGUGUCUCCCUCGAAGGAAGUCCGAACGGCGAGCACCGAGGCCGACAAGCGUCUGUCGGAGUUCGACGUGGAGAUGAGUAUGAGGGAGGACGUCUACCAGAGGAUCGUCGCUCUGGAGAAGACGGUCGACGGUGACAGCCUCACCACAGAAUCCAAGCGCUACAUGGAGCGACUGAUCAAACUGGGGAAGAGAAACGGCCUCCACCUGCCCGUAGAGACACAAGAGGAGAUUAAAACCAUCAAGAAGAAGCUGAGCAACCUCUCCAUCGACUUCAACAAGAACCUGAACGAGGACACCACGAGCCUGCUGUUCAGCAGAGAGGAACUGGGUGGCCUGCCCGAGGACUUCCUGAGCUCCCUGGAGCAGGAAGAAGAGAAGCUGAAGGUCACUCUGAAGUAUCCUCACUACUUCCCCACCAUGAAGAAAUGCUUCGUCCCUGAGACCCGCAGGAAGCUGGAGGAGGCCUUUAACUCCCGCUGCAAGGAGGAGAACUCAGACAUCCUGAAGGAGCUGGUGGAGCUCCGUCAUCAGAAAAGUGCUCUGCUCGGCUUCACCACCCACGCUGACUUUGUCCUGGAGAUGAACAUGGCCAAGUCAGGGAGGAAGGUGGCCAGCUUCCUGGAGGAACUGGCCUGCAAGCUGAAGCCUCUGGGUGAUGAAGAGCGCACUGUCAUCCUCAAGCUGAAGGAGAAGGAGUGUCAGAAGAGAAGUCUGCCUUUCAAUGAAGAUCUGCAUGCCUGGGACACCCGCUACUUCAUGACUCAGGUGGAGGAGACUCAGUACGCGGUGGAUCAGAACCUGUUGAAGGAGUAUUUUCCGAUGGAGGUGGUGACUCAGGGUCUGUUGGACAUCUACCAGGAGCUGCUGGGUCUGACCUUUGAGCUGAUGGACGGAGCAGCCGUGUGGCACCCGGACGUCACUCUGUACUGUGUGAAGGACCGCAGCAGCGGUCAGAUGGUCGGCCAGUUCUACCUGGACCUCUACCCCAGGGAGGGGAAGUACGGUCAUGCCGCCUGUUUCGGCCUGCAGCCCGGCUGUCUGCUGCCUGACGGCCGCCGUCAGAUGUCUGUGGCGGCAAUGGUGGCCAACUUCAGCAAGCCAACCGCAGAGGCCCCAUCGCUUCUGCAGCACGACGAGGUGGAGACGUACUUCCACGAGUUUGGACACGUCAUGCACCAACUUUGUGCUGAGGCAGAUUAUGCCAUGUUCAGUGGGACUCACGUGGAGCGGGACUUUGUGGAGGCUCCGUCUCAGAUGCUGGAGAACUGGGUGUGGGAGAGGGAGCCUCUGCUGAGGAUGUCUCGACACUACAAGACCAACAAUCCCAUCCCCGAUGAUCUGCUUGACAAACUCAUCAAGUCCCGCCUCGCCAAUACAGGCCUGUUCAACCUGAGGCAGAUCGUCCUGGCUAAAGUGGACCAAGCUCUGCACACCAGGAAGGGACUUGACCCCGCAGAGGAGUAUGGACGCCUCUGUCAGGAAAUCCUGGGAAUCCCUGCGUCAGCAGGAACCAACAUGCCGGCAACCUUUGGGCAUCUGGCGGGCGGUUACGAUGCUCAGUAUUACGGUUACCUGUGGAGUGAGGUGUUCUCCAUGGACAUGUUCUUUGCUCGCUUCAAAAGAGAGGGAAUCAUGAACCCAAAGGUCGGUCUGGAUUACAGGAAGUACAUCCUGCGACCCGGCGGUUCAGAGGACGCCUCUGAGAUGCUGAGGAAAUUCCUCGGGCGAGAGCCAAAGCAAGAAGCUUUCCUUCUGAGCAAAGGACUAAUGGUGGAACAGCAAACCAGCACACCUUGUCCCUGCUGACCAAUCACAGCAGCUGGAUCUGCCCCUCACGUGCCCCCCUGCACAAAGAGAGAACAACGGACUGAAGUUUUCUAGAAAAAAAACACUUAACUGAUACAAAACAGGCAGAAAAAUGAGCAUUAAAUAAAUGAUUUGAGGUCA